ACUUAGCUACGUGUACUUCCUGUUAAGAUGGCUCCCUCCAGAGAUGUGAGUUGUUAAAAUUAACUUUAUUUUACUAAGACAAUAUGAUUUAUUUAGUAAUGAAAAUUUCAAUACUAAAAAAUUUGGAAAUCUUUUUUCAUGCUACUAUUAAAUUAAAUAUUACAUUAUCUCUCUAUUAUUCAGUGGAGCACUCUUCACCCGGUACACCAUCUGUUCUAGUCUAGUUACUGAAGAUACUCACUUCACAACUAAUUUACUACACUACGUAGGACUACUGUCUACACUACUGAAAUAUUACAUUAAGAAAUGGUUUCAGCCGGCCGUCCAGCUUGCGCUCUUUAUGCCCUCCCCAAAACACCCCUCCCCAACCCGGUAUUGGGCCGUGGAGCAGCAUGUCAGGGAUGGGUAAUCUACCACUUGAGCGUCGGCCAAGAAAAAAUCCAGUUUUUCCGGUUGGAAGGGCUAUUUAAACAACUAUUCUUACAUUGGAGUCUGUUAAUAUUUUUGUUUCCGUAUAGAGGCUAUAAAGUUAUAUAGCACAAUAUUUAAAUAGGGCCUACUUAUUACAGCCAAGCAACCGAUAUGCCAGGAAGAAAAUUUAAAAGGGACAACAAUUUUUUUUUUUUGAUCCAGAUGACACCGAUGUCCACACACAGAAUGUGGUCAACGUGAAUGCUCAGAAAGCAUAAACUGAAAAGACAGUUUGGCACAAGAAGCGCCGGUGAUCUUUCCCCUUCAUAUUUACGUGGAUUCAUGUACCACAACCGUUUUCGUGGAAAUUUUAUUUUUUAAAACUUCAUUGUCAACUUGGGGGAUAACUAUGCAUAAUUCCAUUUUCACACAUUAUCUUCUAUUUCAAAUUUUGUUAAAUAGUUUUUUCUAUUUUAAAAAAAUUGUCUAUUAUUAUGGGAAUGAAUACCAAUGUCAUUAAAAAUAAUAUAAAAAUAGUUGUUUAAAUAGCCCUUCCAACUGGAACAGCUGGAUUUUUUCUUGGCCGACACUCAAGUGGUAGAUUACCCAGGGAUGUUUCUUUGUCAGGACAGCCCCGACUCGAGUCUGCUCGACCAGGUUCCGCUGGAGGCCGCCCCAACCUAAAGACACCUGGUCGGUCCGAAACUGUGUUUGCACACAGUGCACAUGAUCGACUUUCUCAGGAGUAGGAAUUGAAAAAAUUACUUCCUAAAAUCUUCCCUCACCCAUCCCAGGGAAGCGUUAGAUGCCCUAUAAGAGGGAUUCUACUGUGGGUUUCCACAAUGCAACUAAUUUGCGAAGUAACUGGGACGAAACAGUUGCCUUGGAGCAGCUUCUCAGGUCUGCACUACUUAAACUGUUACUUACUCUAAUCUAAUACAACUAGUAGUCUCACCCUGUUCUUUGGCUUGGCUUUCUAUAAGUUUAAUUAAAAUUAAGUCAAAGUUUGGUCUGAAAAGUUACUUUGUAUAAAUCUAAGACAAGACUAAGUCCAAGUCUUGAUUCUUACUCAUUUGAAUUUGAACUUUAAUUUUGAGUGUAAAUUUGUGAUGUAAUGGCAUACAUAAGACAUACCCAACAACCAGGUCAAGGUAAGCAAAGUCAAAGCUACUCAGACAAAGCAGCAAAUUAAUAAUUAAUAAAGAAAUGCCAGUUCAACAAUGACAAUAUUAAUAUUAAUAUAAAUUUACAUUCGCCGCACUACUCAUUUUCCCAAGGCCACCAUCUUGGUUGACAUGAUGGCAGGCAUGUCAUGGCAACCAAGAUGGCGUCUGUGUAAAAAAAAAAAAAAGGAGUACAAAACACGUCUUCUAACAUGGGAAGGGGAAAGAAUGUGCUGUUUUAGUGAGAGAAAAAAAUUAAUAAUUAGGUAAUUAGGCUAAUUAGGAAAAAAACAUUAAAAUCUAAUGAACUAAUUUUUUGAGAAAAACCCAAACGUUAAAAUCUACAACUCUACCUAACUCAAGCUUAAAUUCCCCCCUAAAGUUAGUCUUCCCCCCCGCCGCUAAAUUUAAAGUUAAUUUACCCAUGAAUUUAGCGGACCCCCCUUCCCACUGGAGACUAAAUCUUCAAACCUAUAAUGUUUCACCUAAUGAUUUGCAGAACAUUUUUGGCUUAUUGAACUUUAAUAAAAAUGAGUUCCCACCAAACCAUGCCUGAACAUUUAUUUAAAAAUUAAUAAUUGAUCAGAUACCUGUAUUUCUAUUAAGGGAUAAUUUUAUAUGUUAAAAAAUUUUAAUGAAUUUUUUCAUAUAUAGUAUUGUAAAUCAAAGAUUGUAUAAAUCCUUCUUAUUCAAUUUAUCACAGGGUUUCCCAUUCUUUUCUAUCUCCUCCCUAUGAAUUGUUUAGCUAUGUCUGGCUUUCCCUACAAAUUAUUUGACUAAGUCUCACACAUCCUACUAAAGUAACAAUGCAUUUGUUUUGAUAAUUAGACAAGUUACUUAGACUUAUAAUUAUUUUUUUUUAAUUUUACAUUUCAAAGAGAACUGAAAAACUUAAAAAAUAAACUUUUUACUAAUGGCAUAUAAAUAAAAUUUAAAUGAGGAAAUUUUUUUUUUUAAAUUUAAACAUUAUAUCAUAAUUUAAAAUUAAAUUGUUCCUGUGUUCUUAUAAUUGCUAUUCUAAUUCCUCAUAUUCCUGAAAUGCAACCUCAUACCAUCCGCCUGAGGUUGGCAAACUCUGCUUUUCAUUCAGCAGUGUACGACCCAAACAAUAAUGACUCAAAAAGUAAAAACUAAUCAUUGGAUUUUAUUUAUUGAGAAAGCCACUAUUGUCUUAUUAUGUUUCAAUUGACCUGAAAUCCUCAAUGUAAUGAUGUAAUUAAAUAUUCAUGUAGCUGUUCUGAUUUUAGAGGGAAGAAUGGGUUAAAACACAAAUACUUUUUUUUUCUACUAAAGACAAUAACUGUUGUUGCUUCUAUGAGUAUUGUUAUAUUUAGUAUUUUUAGGAACACUAACACGUCUAUUCAGCUGCGUGUCUACAGUUUUAAUGACUUUACUAGCAAGAUCACAUGGCUUCUCAACUAACAAAUCACAGACCUCACGUAUUCAUAACAAAGGGAUGCAACUGUAACAAUACAAUGAUAUCACAACAAGCAUAAUGUUUUGUAAAAAAAACUGCUUACCGGUAAUAGAUUCCAAUAUUUUUCAUCAAUUUACCACCAAAAUAUGCCAAUAUUAGUUGAUGGAAUAUGUGAGCUGCAAAACUUUUUCAUUGUGUAAAUCAUUUUAUCUGUGGGGGAGAUGAUGACUCAACAAUCUUUUCUAUUUUUAUUCAGAGUGCGUUGGAUGAAAAACCAAUCAAGAUUGACAAAUGGGACUCAGGGGCUCUAAAAAAUGCUUUGGAUGAUGGAGCAAAAAAGGUUUAGUUUCAAUAUUCAUAUUUAAAUACAAAAUACUUGUAAUAAUUUUUUCUGAAAUAAUCUUUGUUAAAUAUUUUAUAUUGACAAGUAAGUAUCAAUAUAUAUAUAUAUAUUAGAUAGAUAUUAAUAUAUGAAUAUUAUUGUUACAGUUUAUAUGGUCUUUGAAGGUUUGAGGGGAAUAUUUUAAAAUUUCCUGGUCCCUGAAAGUUUGGGACAAUUGUGGCAAAAAGUGUCACUGUCUUUGAAAGAUCGGGGGGGGGGGGGGGGGGGGGGGGGGGGGUCCCCAUAUACCGGGUAAUUGACAUCCGCAGUGUACAUUUUUCUUAGUGAUCCGUAACCCUGCAAGAAAGAAAUUUUUGUUGAUUGGUCGGUAGAUAUUUUAUAGCCAAUGAAAUUAAUAUUAAGAAAAAGUGAAAUAAUUAUUAUGCAUUAUUUGUGUAAAUAUUAAAUAAAUAAAUAGACUGAAUAUGUAAAUCAAGCUGAACACAAUUUUUGUUCAAAAUCACUGGAUACAUUUCCUCAUUAGGGAUUCAUCAUGAUUACUAUUAAUUCAUACAAGUUACUUACACUAAGCUGAAUCAAAUGUAUAUAUCAGUGUACCUACUUUUGUGUUAUAUCUCCAAAAAGAAAAGGAUAUCUCUACAACGAUAAGCUGACUAUUAUGUCUAUAUAUUGUAUAAACUUAACUGUGAGAAAGAAUUUUGAGCUCGUUUUUUUCCUUUAGGAUAUGAAGGUCAUUUUAAGUUUGUAAAAAAAAAUUGUCUAUGAAGGUUUUGGAAAAGUUUAUUGAAUUCUGGACCUUGAAAUCUGUAUGAACACUAAUAUAUAUUUAUAGCUUCCUAACUAUUAUUUAUUUAUCAACAGGUUUUUGUUGAUAUCUUUCGCUUUAAAGAAAGUCACAUGCUCAUGAAUGGUCGUCUUUUCUUAUGCACAAUAGCCAUAGGAUUUGCUAUGUUUGCACUGGUUUGGGACUAUUUAUACCCAUUUCCACAGUCACGUAAUGUUCUACUUUGCUGUGUGAUUGCGUAUCCUUUAAAUUUUAAAUUGUUAAAAUUUCUUAAUAAUUAAUAGUUUGAAAUAAAGUUUCUGGUUUCUAAUUAAUGUUUUAUAAUAUCAAAUACAUGCCAAAGAUAUGAUUUGCUUGGUUUAGCAUGCUCAUAUUUGUACAUAUAAUACACCAGGUUCUUAAAAACAUAUAUUUUUCAUCUUGUCAGUUUCGUAGAAUCCAAGUUCAUGGUAAUAGUUAUAAAUGAAAAUUGUAAAACCCAUUGGUCUUUUUUUUUUUUUUUUUUAAUUUAUCCAAUGAGUGAUCAAGGAAUAAAUAUAUGUUUAUUUUAUCACCUGUCAUUUGAUCAUUAUAUUUAUAGAAAGCAAUGCAAGGAAUCAGCCAGGAAAAAAAUAAAUAAAAAUUGUAUUUUCUUUUGGUUUUUUUUUUUUUUUUUUUUAAUAUAUCCAAUGAGUGAUCAAGGAAUAAAUAUAUGUUUAUUUUAUCACCUGUCAUUUGAUCAUUAUAUUUAUAGAAAGCAAUGCAAGGAAUCAGCCAGGAAAAAAGCUGUAUUAAGAUUGUAUUUUCUAAUACUUACUAAUAGUCCUAUUGUAAUCAAUUAUAAAAGAAUUUAUUGAUAAUUAAACAUAGCUUAGUCUGGAGUAAUUAAGAAGACAAAGACUGCUCAUUCACAUAAAAUUUAUUUUUAUUUUAAAAAAAGAAAUAUGCCUAUUUCCUAUUCAUUUUUUACUGGCUCUGUGUACAGGAUUCUGCUAAUGUAGGUCGGCAUGUAUGGUACCACUGUCAAUGAAUAAAAAAGAUGCUUAAAAAAUUAGACUGUUUGGGCCUGUCAAUUCGUUUUUAUGAGGAUAAAAGAAGUGCUACUUAAUGCAUAUUUUCUUUAACCAAAAAAAAUCAGUUACUUUAUACUGAUGGGUGUUUUAACAGUGUAUCUCACCUAUAUUGAAAAGGGGAUCUUUCUGGUAGCACUUGAACAAGACAGGGCAAAGAUGGAGCCAGACAACAAGUGGACAUUACAGUCAUCACUCCGAAAGUAGGUUUCAGUUUUGUUUUAUUAUAAUAUGUGAGGGACGGCAUUCAAGCCAAGUGAAGUAAAUAAAUAGUGGAACUAGAUAUCUCUAGGCUCAAAAAGAAAAGUUAGGACAAUUAAAACUUUUGUGUUCCCAGAUCACAAUUUCAAAUAAUUUGUUUUUCUUGUUUUGUAUUGUCUGCUGAAGAAGGCGCCUAGCCAAAAUGUCCUUUUGAUUGUCCUGCCUUUUCUUUUCAAGCUUUAACAUAUCUUGUGUCACUAUUUAUGUAUCUUAAAUUAAAUAGUUUUACAAAUAAAAUGUAAAGGUUUUAUUACUUUGCAAAUAUUCCAUCACAGUUGCCUGUACUAUUUCACUCAGAUCUUUUUUGUUUUUUAAAUUUGCCACAUUAUUUUAACUUCAAGCAUAUUUCUUGUUUCCAUAAAAUUCUGUCCAUAGAUAUGAUGAUACCUACCACCUCACACUGACCUUUACUGAUGGCAGGACACAAGAAGAAAGAAGCUCAUCCAUCUCAAGAUGUGUAGCCAACUUCUUUGAUGAAAAUGGUACAUUUUGCUUUGAUUUGUUUCAGCCCAUUAUUGAGAAAUUGCGACAAGACUUAUCAAGUGAGAAGAAGAAACAGUAACUAUCCUCUCAUAAAGUGUCAUCUUCUAAUGGUGUUUUUACCUACAUUGUAAAGAAAAAAAAUUGUUAAAAAACCUGUUUGUCAUCCAAUUUAAAAUGGCACAGUGGUUUGAAAUAUUUAAACUAUGAACUGUCAGAGAUUAACACAAUAUGGUUUUAAGACCCAGUGCUUGUUUUCAAUUGCAUUUAUAUUUCAACCAUUAUCUUAUUUGAAACUUAGAAUUUUAAAAGUAGCACUUAAAGUCGUUACUAUAAGAAUAGGGCCACAUACUAAGAUGAAAGAUGAUGUUAGCUAGACAUGUAUUAACAGUAAAAACAAAUUACAAUAUAGCAUUUGUGUUUCAUUAUUUCAAGUAUUAUUUUGUUAAAUUAUUUAUAGAUAUGAAAUGCUUUGCUUAUAAUAACUUAAAUUGUAGCGAAUAUAUUAAAGCACUGGACCAAUUUUUUUUUUUAAAUUGGCAUUUAACAUUUUUCUUCAUCUGCACUCCUCAUCAUUGUGGGACAUAGCAUGUGAUGGCAGUGUUGAUUUUUAGAAGUUUAAAAAUGGUUUUGAUAUAUUUCAUGAGUAAUCUGAUUGUAAUUACAUUUAAUUUGAUGGUUCAUCUUGAUGAUAGAACUGCCUCACUGUUAAAAGCAUCAUUUCAUUCUCUUAGUUAAAAUGAUAGUAAAAUGUUAGAUCUUUUGUGUGUGUGCAAUUUCCUUGUUUUUUGCCACUAAUCAAAACUAGAAAAUGUAAUAUUACAUUAUUACACAACAAAUAAUAUUAUUUAACUCUUAGUUAUUUAUAAUUAUAUAAUGCACAAUCUCAAGAUUUUUAUUUGCUGAUUUAUCAAUUUUUAUUUUUUUUUGGGGGGGGGGGGGUGUUUAAAAAUAGUAACACUAUCACUAUCAACAAAGUAAGAGGUCAUCUAUGUUUUUCAGGUAUCAUGAUUUAAUUCUUAUUUAUUUAUAAUUAUAUAAUGCACAAUUUCAAGAUUUUUAUUUUCUGAUUUAUCAAUUUUUAUUUUUUUUUGGGGGGGGGGUGUUUAAAAAUAGUAACACUAUCACUAUCAACAAAGUAAGAGGUCAUCUAUGUUUUUCAGGUAUCAUGCUAUUUGCUUGAUACUUUGACUUUAAUAAGUAUAGUUUCCAAAGAUUAAACAAAUAAUCUUUAGCCUUGAAAUAUAUAAUUUUGUCAUAAUCAAAAACAUGUCAGUUCAUUGUUAGUGAAUGUGGUUGGUCAUUGGUAACUGUUUAUGGGGUGAUGGUACAUAUUUCAAUUCCUCUGCUUUGGUAAUUGUUCAUUUUCUAUUCUAAAUUAUAAAAUUGUUACAUAACCAUGUCCAUGUCUUUGUUUUUAAGUAACUUGUUUGUUGUUUAAGUAACAUCAUUUAUUGAUGAUGUAUAGUCAUUUUAACCGUGUUCACCUGAUACAAAUAAUGACAGACGUUAUCGCCUUGCCCUUAGCACCUGCUAAAUGGUGCUUAGGCCUUGGGUAGAAUUUAUGUUGUUUUUCAUAGUUGAUUUAGGUUCUUAACUUUUGAGAUAAGGAGUUGUCUUCCUUAACUCCCCAAGAGACAGGUAGCCUUGACUUGUGUGAAUGCUUGCUGCAUGAUCCAAAUAACUUGAAGAAAGUCUCAACAGCUUUUAACACAUAAAGGAUCAGAUUAGCAGUCACAAAAAUUGUGAUGCCUUCACCUUUGAACUCUUAUCCUUUGUCACUUGAAAAAAAAAAAAUUGUUUCUUGUAUUGUUUAAUUGUACUGGUUUCUGUUUAGAAUUGAUCUUGUAAUUUAAACGCUAAUCAUGUUAUUGGCCAAUGACAUCUAGUUACAUGCUAGAAGACUGAAUGGUCAUUGUUUUCAUUUUUUAAAUAUUUGACUGGUACAAUUUUUUUGCCACAUUUUUCUCCCAAUUAUUGUUUUGUGAAGUAAAAUUCAGUGUUAAUGUUUGGACAUUUGUUGAUUUUUACUUUUAUUUUGUUGCGGGAAAAAAAAGAGUGAACGAAUGCAAAUCAACCACCUUUGUUUUGAAAUAAUUUAACUUUAUCUUG